AUGCGCAAGUGUCGCCUCUGGGUGUCUCGUCUUCUGCUCUUCCACUACGGCGCACAGCAGCGACAACAAACGCCUGAUCGGUGCUCCACAUCUCUCUGCUUUCGGGUUUGUUCCCCACAGCCGCACCUCCACGGAGGGAGGGUGUCCUCUACCAUGGUGUACGACUGGGCUGGGAAGCGGGACAUCUGCUACCAGAUGUACAUCCAAGAUAAAAAGGCGCUGGAGGAGAUCAUGGAACACAUGCGAACCGCCUAUCAAUUCGCGCCAAGUAAACGUGCCUUUCAGACCCAGUUUAAACGAUGGGGUUUUCCUUCAAAACAAAAUCCCGCCCACAAGAACGUCGAUCUUGUCGCCCGUGUCAAACAGCUAUGGGAGAAAAACACAAGCCAACGGGACAUGCUCAGGAUCUUGAACGAGGAAGGUUUUGAGAUCAAGGAGAGGGAACUGAUGCGUGUGCGGGCGAAAAAUCGCUGGUUACUUCGUGUUCCCAAUGGCAUGAAGUCCCAAUCCACCGCCGAGACACGAGCGACACAGCCGGAGGAUGAAGGAUUACUCGCUUUGCAACAGGAGGUCUACAAACAGGAAGGGGCAUUUGAUGACGCUGACUCGCUUGCUGCAGAACCAGCGGCAGAGCCCUCCACGUCACCGGGUCUCUCACCCGAAGUCCUAGCAAAACGAAAAGAGCGACUGGAACGUUUGAAAACAGAGAGUGCGGAACGUUGGGCCUCCAGGAAGCGUCGUCGCCGGACCCGCGGAUGGGCUGGAUUACCGGCAGAUCCCCCGGGUCCGCCUCGCUUCCCCUCGGAGACCACGAUUGAUGAGAGUAAGCAUUAUCUCAAUCUAGACAAUGCAAUGUACCGCCAGAUCCGCGAUCAUUUUCAGAAAAUCUGCGAGGAUUCAGGGUUCAUCAAAAAAACGGCAGCCGGCCCGGAAAGGUGGCAAGCGGCGAAGGACCGAUUAAUUCAAGAAUCUCCACAUCUCCAGCAGGUAUUCCACAUAGAGCCGAAUCAACGCGACGCCAAGGCCCUUGCUUUGGAUGUGGUCUGCACCGAUGUCACCAAGCGUAUGAGAACUCUCGAGAGGCGGAUGACCAUUGCAGAGGCCAAAAACGCGCUGGGGAUCAACCCGGAGGAAAGUCGACACAUUCGCAACGCCUUUUAUGACACGCUCAAAGCGGAUCAUUUUACCAGCAAAUUGGAGGCCGGCGAUGAGCAUUGGAAAGAGCUCAAGGAACAAUGGGUUGCGAAUACGGCACUGUUGCAGCAAAUUCUCGCCCCAGGCCCCGCCGAUCCAGAUCACACCACGAAAGUGAAAGCUCUCGAGGUACUCUGUCGUGAUGUCAUGAAGCGACUACGCGAUGACCAGACAAAGCGCGAUCCCUCGCGCAAGCGAUCAGUAACAGAGUCCGAGUCUCAAAACUCCGUACCAGCCAACCCCGUUAUAGGGAAUGUGCUGGACAAUGGGAUCAGUAAUGGAAUUAGCACCCUCGCCUCCCAGGCGCUUGCCAGUGCUCCAAUUACCGCAAGCGAGAUUGGCGAUAUGCAGAUUGAUCCGUCGCUCCUUCAGGCAGCUAAUGACCCAUCCUUCUCGGCGAACACGCAGCAUGAUGGUGGCAAUGCCUUCCAAUAUGUGGACCCUAUGCUUCAACCAACGCUUUUACAUACUCCAGUCCAUCUUCAAAUUUGCCCACAGGACCCCCAGGGGCCUGCAGUUAAGACCUGGCUUGAGAAAUUGGCAACACGAACGGUUGAAGAACUCCGACAAUCGGUUGCUGCCAGAUAUCCCUAUUCGAUCAUCAUCAAGAUUGAAGGCAUUGAUCGGGAUGAACAUGGGAAUGAGCUUUCGUUCUCGAUUGAUGAAGAUCAUGAACUGGACUCCUAUUUGGCCCAUGUGCACGGCAGAAAGGCAUUGAUUGUGUUGACCUUGAGCCAGAUCUAA